GAAAGCUGUAAGUAUAAAAGUUUAUGGAAACUUGCUCGUAGGUAGCUAGUUUCACUCGGGCUGUCACAAGUUUGUAGAGCGUUGCUCACAACUUGAACCAGCAUGGCGUUUCAAUAUGGAAUGCAACCUCCACCAGGUAUGCCACCACCUGGUAUGCCACCUGGAAUAUCACAACCUCCCCCUCCUGCUGGUGGACUCAGUGAGGAACGAUUACAGGAAAAAGCUAGAAAAUGGCAACAAUUGCAAUCAAAACGUUACGCAGAGAAAAGAAAGUUUGGAUUUGUCGACCCACAAAAGGAAGACAUGCCACCAGAACAUGUCAGGAAAAUUGUGAAGGAUCAUGGAGAUAUGACAAACAGGAAAUUUCGCCAUGAUAAAAGAGUUUAUUUGGGGGCUCUGAAGUACAUGCCUCAUGCUGUUCUAAAACUACUUGAGAACAUGCCAAUGCCUUGGGAACAGAUUCGGGAUGUUUCCGUCAUUUAUCACAUCACUGGAGCUAUUACUUUUGUCAAUGAGAUUCCAUGGGUCAUUGAGCCAGCUUAUAUCGCUCAAUGGGGUUCAAUGUGGAUUAUGAUGCGUCGCGAAAAACGUGAUCGUCGUCAUUUCAAGAGGAUGAGAUUCCCUCCUUUUGAUGAUGAGGAACCUCCUCUUGAUUACGCAGAUAACGUGCUGGAUGUUGAUCCUCUUGAAGCUAUCCAGCUUGAACUGGAUCCGGAAGAAGAUUCCUCUGUUUCUGAGUGGUUUUAUGAUAACAAACCAUUGCAGGAUGAACCCAAAUAUGUGAAUGGAACUUCUUAUCGGAAAUGGCAUCUGUCUCUUCCUAUCAUGUCUACAUUGUAUCGUCUUGCAAAUCAACUUCUCACUGAUCUCGUCGAUGACAACUAUUUUUAUUUGUUUGAUUUGAAAGCUUUUUUUACAUCAAAAGCUCUCAAUCAGGCUAUUCCUGGAGGACCAAAGUUUGAACCGCUGGUCAGAGAUUCAAAUUUGCAGGAUGAAGAUUGGAAUGAAUUUAAUGACAUCAACAAGAUCAUCAUCAGACAACAGAUAAGAACAGAAUACAAGAUUGCUUUCCCAUACUUGUACAACAAUCUACCAAAAUUUGUUCAUCUAGCAUGGUACCACACUCCCAAUGUUGUCUUCAUCAAAACUGAGGAUCCAGAUCUUCCAGCAUUUUAUUUUGAUCCGUUGAUCAAUCCAAUAUCACAUCGAAGUAAUAUUAAAACAUCUGAAGCCGUUAUGGAAGAAGAUAUUGAAGCGUUUGAACUUCCAGAAUAUGUUCAACCAUUAUUGCAAGAAAAUCCGUUAUAUACAGACAACACGGCUAAUGGCAUCGCCCUUCUUUGGGCUCCGAGACCGUUCAAUCUGAGAUCAUCAAGAACGAGGAGAGCUGUGGACGUGCCUUUGGUCAAAACAUGGUACAGAGAACAUUGCCCAGCUGGUCAACCAGUAAAAGUAAGAGUUUCUUAUCAGAAGUUGUUGAAAUGUUAUGUACUGAAUGCUCUGAAACAUCGGCCACCUAAACCACAGAAAAAGAGAUACUUGUUUCGCUCGUUCAAAGCAACAAAAUUUUUCCAAUCAACGAAACUUGAUUGGGUAGAAGUUGGAUUACAGGUUGCAAGACAAGGUUACAACAUGUUGAAUCUUCUUAUUCAUCGAAAGAAUCUUAACUAUCUUCAUCUGGAUUAUAAUUUCAACUUGAAACCGGUAAAAACAUUGACAACCAAGGAACGUAAGAAGUCCCGUUUUGGAAACGCUUUCCAUUUGUGCAGAGAAGUGUUGCGUCUCACUAAACUAUUUGUUGACAGUCAUGUGCAAUUCAGACUGGGAAAUGUGGAUUCCUUUCAGCUUGCGGAUGGAUUACAAUACGUAUUUGCUCAUGUUGGACAAUUAACAGGAAUGUACAGAUACAAAUAUAAACUGAUGAGACAAAUCAGAAUGUGCAAAGAUCUGAAGCAUGUCAUCUAUUAUCGAUUCAAUACUGGUCCAGUUGGGAAAGGUCCAGGAUGUGGUUUCUGGGCCCCUGGUUGGAGAGUUUGGAUUUUCUUCUUGAGAGGAAUCACUCCGUUACUUGAAAGAUGGCUCGGUAAUCUCUUGGCAAGACAGUUCGAAGGAAGACAUUCAAAGGGAGUUGCCAAAACAGUCACUAAGCAGAGAGUUGAAUCCCAUUUUGAUCUGGAAUUGCGAGCUUCAGUCAUGCACGACAUUAUUGACAUGAUGCCGGAAGGAAUAAAGCAAAAUAAAGCCAGAACGAUUCUGCAACAUCUUAGUGAAGCUUGGAGGUGCUGGAAAGCAAACAUUCCAUGGAAGGUUCCUGGCCUUCCAACACCAAUUGAGAACAUGAUUCUCCGAUACGUGAAAGCGAAAGCUGAUUGGUGGACAAAUACGGCUCAUUACAAUCGUGAACGAAUCAGACGUGGAGCUACUGUCGAUAAAACUGUUUGUAAAAAGAACUUGGGAAGAUUGACAAGAUUGUAUCUUAAAGCUGAGCAAGAAAGGCAGCAUAACUAUUUGAAGGAUGGGCCGUACAUUACUGCUGAAGAAGCUGUUGCAGUUUACACAACAACAGUGCAUUGGUUGGAAAGCAGACGUUUCUCUCCGAUUCCUUUUCCACCUCUCAGUUAUAAACACGACACCAAGUUGCUUAUUCUGGCUUUGGAGAGAUUAAAGGAAGCUUACAGUGUCAAAAGUCGUCUGAAUCAAUCCCAACGUGAGGAACUUGGAUUGAUUGAGCAAGCUUAUGAUAACCCUCACGAAGCUUUAUCGAGGAUUAAGCGUCAUUUACUCACUCAGAGAGCUUUCAAAGAGUGCGGAAUCGAAUUUAUGGAUCUCUACAGCCAUCUAGUGCCAGUAUAUGAUGUUGAACCACUGGAGAAAAUCACUGAUGCAUAUCUCGACCAAUAUCUUUGGUAUGAAUCGGACAAGAGACGUUUGUUUCCACCUUGGAUCAAGCCUGCUGAUACUGAACCACCUCCUCUGCUUACUUAUAAAUGGUGCCAAGGCAUCAACAAUCUUCAAGAUGUCUGGGAGACGGCAGAAGGUGAAUGUGAUGUCAUGAUGGAAACUAGAUUUGAAAAAUUAUAUGAAAAGAUUGAUUUGACUUUGCUUAACAGGCUUCUUCGUCUGAUAGUCGAUCACAACAUUGCUGAUUACAUGACGGCAAAGAACAACAUCGUCAUUAACUACAAGGACAUGAACCACACUAAUUCAUAUGGAAUUAUUCGAGGACUUCAAUUUUCAUCUUUCAUUGUUCAAUAUUAUGGAUUAGUCUUGGAUUUACUUGUUCUUGGUUUGCAGAGAGCCAGUGAAGUAGCAGGUCCACCACAAAUGCCGAAUGACUUCCUAACAUUCCAAAACAUUGCAACUGAGACUGGACAUCCGAUCAGACUCUACUCAAGAUAUAUUGACAAAAUUCAUAUGUUCUUCAAAUUUUCUGCUGAAGAGGCUCGUGAUCUUAUUCAACGAUAUUUAACUGAACAUCCAGAUCCAAACAACGAGAAUAUUGUUGGUUACAAUAACAAGAAAUGUUGGCCGAGAGAUGCCAGAAUGAGACUGAUGAAACACGACGUCAAUCUGGGUCGAGCUGUCUUUUGGGAUAUCAAGAAUCGUCUACCUAGAUCUGUUACCACAGUAACAUGGGAUAGUUCAUUUGUUUCAGUUUACAGCAAAGAUAAUCCAAAUCUCCUGUUUAACAUGUGCGGAUUUGAGUGCAGGAUUCUGCCAAAAUGUAGAACAACUUUUGAGGAAUUCACUCAUAAGGACGGUGUUUGGAAUCUUCAGAAUGAAAUCACAAAAGAACGAACUGCUCAAUGUUUCUUGAGAGUUGACGAUGAAUCGAUGCAAAGAUUCCACAACAGAGUCAGACAAAUUCUCAUGGCUUCUGGUUCAACUACAUUUACUAAGAUUGUAAACAAAUGGAACACUGCUCUCAUUGGAUUGAUGACAUACUUCCGUGAAUCUGUUGUAAACACUCAAGAACUUCUCGACUUACUCGUCAAAUGUGAGAACAAAAUUCAGACUCGAAUCAAGAUCGGUCUCAACUCAAAAAUGCCGAGCAGGUUUCCUCCAGUUGUGUUCUACACACCAAAAGAAUUGGGAGGUCUCGGAAUGUUGUCCAUGGGGCAUGUAUUGAUACCACAGUCUGACUUGAGAUGGUCAAAACAAACUGAUGUUGGCAUCACCCAUUUCCGAUCUGGAAUGAGCCACGAUGAAGAUCAGUUGAUUCCUAACUUGUACAGGUACAUCAUGCCGUGGGAGAGUGAAUUUAUUGACUCACAGAGAGUGUGGGCUGAGUACGCACUCAAACGACAAGAAGCAAAUGCUCAGAAUCGACGUUUAACUCUCGAAGAUUUAGAGGACUCGUGGGAUCGUGGUAUUCCACGUAUAAAUACUUUGUUUCAGAAAGAUCGUCACACGCUUGCAUAUGACAAAGGAUGGAGAGUAAGGACUGAUUUCAAGCAAUAUCAGGUCUUGAAGCAAAAUCCUUUCUGGUGGACUCAUCAACGUCACGACGGAAAAUUGUGGAAUUUAAAUAAUUAUCGAACCGAUAUGAUUCAGGCACUUGGGGGUGUAGAGGGAAUUCUAGAACAUACUUUGUUCAGAGGAACAUAUUUCCCAACAUGGGAAGGUUUGUUUUGGGAGAAAGCAAGUGGAUUUGAAGAAUCCAUGAAAUAUAAGAAACUAACAAACGCUCAGAGAUCUGGUUUGAAUCAAAUUCCCAACAGACGAUUCACUUUAUGGUGGUCGCCUACGAUUAACCGUGCCAAUGUUUAUGUUGGUUUCCAAGUCCAGUUGGAUUUGACAGGAAUCUUCAUGCAUGGAAAGAUCCCAACAUUAAAGAUCUCUCUCAUCCAAAUCUUCAGAGCUCACUUGUGGCAGAAAGUACAUGAGAGCGUUGUGAUGGACUUGUGUCAGGUUUUUGAUCAAGAACUUGAUGCCCUUGAAAUUGAGACAGUGCAGAAAGAAACAAUCCAUCCCAGGAAAUCAUACAAAAUGAACAGUUCUUGUGCUGAUAUUCUGUUAUUUGCUGCUUACAAGUGGAAUGUUUCUAAACCUUCACUUCUGGCCGAUUCUAAAGACAUGAUGGACAGUACUUCCACACAGAAGUACUGGUUGGAUAUCCAGCUACGUUGGGGAGAUUAUGACAGUCAUGAUGUUGAGCGUUACGCUCGUGCUAAAUUCCUCGACUAUACGACAGAUAACAUGAGUAUUUAUCCAUCUCCUACUGGACUUCUGAUCGCAAUUGACUUGGCGUACAAUCUACAUAGUGCUUAUGGAAACUGGUUCCCAGGUUGCAAGCCACUCAUUCAACAAGCGAUGGGUAAGAUCAUGAAAGCCAAUCCAGCAUUGUACGUACUUCGUGAACGAAUUCGUAAAGGUUUGCAACUGUAUUCCAGUGAACCUACAGAACCUUACUUAUCGUCACAAAACUACGGAGAAUUGUUCAGCAAUCAGAUUAUCUGGUUCGUUGAUGACACCAAUGUAUACAGAGUCACUAUUCAUAAGACAUUUGAAGGAAACUUGACAACCAAACCAAUCAAUGGAGCCAUCUUUAUAUUCAAUCCAAGGACCGGUCAGUUGUUCUUGAAGAUUAUCCACACUUCUGUGUGGGCAGGACAGAAACGUCUGGGACAGCUGGCAAAAUGGAAAACUGCUGAAGAAGUUGCGGCUUUGAUCCGAUCUCUUCCUGUUGAAGAACAACCGAAACAAAUCAUUGUCACAAGGAAAGGAAUGUUGGAUCCGUUGGAAGUCCAUUUACUUGAUUUCCCAAAUAUUGUCAUCAAAGGAAGCGAACUACAGUUGCCUUUCCAAGCUUGCUUGAAGGUUGAAAAACUUGGAGAUUUGAUUCUGAAAGCAACAGAACCUCAGAUGGUUUUAUUCAAUCUUUACGAUGAUUGGUUGAAGACUAUUUCAUCAUAUACUGCGUUCUCUCGUUUAAUCCUGAUUCUACGAGCUCUCCAUGUUAAUCCUGAUCGAACCAAAGUUAUUCUGAAACCCGACAAAACAACGAUCACAGAACCUCAUCACAUGUGGCCCUCUCUCGGAUUCGACGAAUGGAUCAAAGUAGAAGUUGCUCUGAAAGAUCUGAUCUUGGCUGAUUACGGGAAGAAAAACAAUGUAAAUGUGGCAUCCCUCACCCAGUCUGAGAUACGUGAUAUUAUUCUUGGUAUGGAGAUCAGUGCUCCAUCGCAACAACGACAACAGAUUGCAGAAAUUGAGAAACAAACUAAAGAACAAUCACAGUUGACUGCUACUCAGACUCGUACUGUCAACAAACAUGGAGAUGAAAUCAUCACUUCGACAACAUCGAACUAUGAGACACAAACAUUCUCUUCCAAAACUGAGUGGAGAGUUCGUGCUAUUUCUGCAACUAAUCUACAUCUCAGAACAAACCAUAUCUACGUGUCAUCUGAUGACAUCAGAGAAACAGGAUUCACAUAUAUUCUGCCAAAAAAUAUUCUGAAAAAGUUCAUCUGCAUUUCUGAUCUACGAGCACAGAUAUCUGGAUAUCUUUUCGGCAUAAGUCCAGCAGAUAAUCCCCAAGUGAAAGAGAUCAGAUGCAUUGUCAUGGUACCACAGUGGGGAACUCACCAAACUGUUCAUUUGCCAAACCAACUCCCACAACAUGAAUAUUUGAGGGAACUUGAACCUUUAGGAUGGGUUCACACUCAACCUAACGAAUCUCCUCAACUUUCACCACAAGAUGUGACAACUCACGCUAAAAUCAUGGCUGACAAUGUUACUUGGGACGGUGAAAAGACAAUCAUCAUUACUUGCAGUUUCACUCCUGGAUCAUGCUCUCUCACUGCCUAUAAGCUGACACCUAGUGGUUACGAAUGGGGAAGACAAAAUACUGAUAAAGGAAACAAUCCGAAAGGGUAUCUUCCAUCUCAUUAUGAAAGAGUUCAAAUGCUUCUAUCUGAUAGAUUCCUCGGAUUUUUCAUGGUUCCUGCACAAUCGUCAUGGAAUUAUAACUUCAUGGGUGUACGUCACGAUCCCAACAUGAAGUACGAACUACAACUUGCAAAUCCCAAGGAAUUUUACCACGAGAUUCACAGGCCAUCGCAUUUCCUUAACUUUGCUUCUGCGGAAGAGGGCGGAUGGUCCGCAAUGAUGGCUGAUAGAGAAAAUAUGUACGAAUGAAUAUUUGAGUUAAAAGCUCUCAAAGUCUGCAUUGGUAAUACUGUUUGUGAAAAAACUUUGAUAAUUUUUUUUACAAUUUUUCAAUUUGAGACUAAGCUGCUGAAAUGUAUGUUUUGUGUUCCCAAAUGUUAAAACUACAAACCAUUCCCUAAUUAUGUAUAUACACUUAAAAGGUUGAUUGAUAUUUCAAAAUUUUUUUGUGGUGUACAUUUUUUUAAGGAAAGUUCAAAAUUAUGGUAACAAAACGUAAGUAUACGCGUUUCUACAUAGAUCCCAUUAUGAGUUUUUUCACCAUCAUAAUUCUUGACAAUGUUCUAUUUGAAUAUCAAUCAAUCAAAUCUUCUAUUAUAGGCAGGGAUAACCAGAAACGAAUAAUUUUCAUUUAAAUACAUCCCUGAUAAAACUCGACCAAACAAUCAUGUAUUCAAAAUAAUACUGUACAUUUGCAGUAAAAUAUCCGGCUUUCACUCCUUAUAAGGCUGGUGAAAUUUGAAACGACAAUACUGUUGAUUUAUGGCAUUAUGAAUGCCGUAGUUAGUAUUCCAACUUAUUUUUCCCAAUCAUUUAAAAGCAACAUCAUACUUAAUUACCAAAACUAAGUGGACACACUGAACAUGGUUAUUAAACAUCAAACCGAAGUUUCCAGUAUUUAGGUUAGAUUCAUAUGGACAGGAAUUUCAGUUACACCAGCAUUAUUGAUAUUAUCAGUAAUAUGUACAUUGUAUUGUGCAAUGUACCUGUUAUUUGCUUGGAAUACUUUCGUGUUCCAACAAUUUGUUUCCUUGUCCAUCGAAAUGCAGUUUUGCCCAUUUCUGUUCAAAUUGUGUUCAAGAGAACAUAUGAAAUUUUUAUCAAUCUCUCAAUUGUAUGGACGAAUUUUGCAAAAUGUUCUGGUGCCAAGUCAUCAAAUUGUGUAGUUUUUUGUACAUAUUGUGUGGAAUAAACGAGCACAAAAUAAAAUUCCUUUGCGGAAAGUAAA